AUGAAGUGUUCCAUAUUGAUUCUAAUAACCUGUUUUUGUUGUGGUGCUUAUGGUACUCGAAGACCGGCAUUAGGCCGGCUUUGCGAUGAGUUUGAUGGUACUAUGAUUAGUCCGGUUAAGGUGAGCUUGUCAUAGUAGUGCUUGAUUUAUAUAGGAUAUUGUAGUACAUACUUUAUAAAUUUAUGCACAGACUAUACUAUAAGUUUUUGCACAUGUCAUAUAAUAUAAACUUGUGCACAUAAGCCAACACUAUACUUACAUACCAGUACUAUACUCCUUGCUUAAAAACUGUUAUAUAGUUCUAUAAAUAUGGAUUUUUUAGUCCCAAAUGCACAAGUUAAGCGACCUAUGUGUGGUCGAUAUUACCGGUCGCAAAACCGACUGUACACUAGCGUAUCCAGUAGAAAUGGGCUACAUUGCUACGGAUCUUGUUACAAAAGAUGAACAAAAAAUGGUUGAAAAACGGCUGGGAAAACCUGCCAAGGGAUUUAAACGCUGUUAUAUCAGAAUAUUCGACUCUACUGUAAUGCAAAUUUAUAUGUUCUAG